AGAACAUAUCUUAACCCCCUCGUGCAAUUUCAAUAAAAAAAAGACGAGAACAAAGAGAAAACAUGAGCCAUAAAUUUUCAUAGAAAAUCUUGCUUCCAUGUGUUCCAAAUUGUUCAAUCGUUCAGUUCCAAAUUGUUCUAAACCCAUUUAGGUGUUGAAAGGUAAUGUAUAAACAAAGUUUAAUGAAGCACUACGCGGUUACGAUGCUGCAGAGGAUGGAAGGUCAAUGCAGUGACCACAUGCGGUUGGAAGGGGGACAGGUGUGGCAUCGGUGAUCGAAAAAGCAGUGUGGGAGGCAUGUGAGUCUACAACAGCAUUUGCCCUGCGCCGGGUAGCGCAAAAGGGAACAUCCAUGGGAAGAAAGGCAUCCCUUCUACCAGGUGGCUCAUUGCCAUCACCUAGCCAAAUCCCUGGAACGCCUGCAAGUUAGCAGGGUCGUUGGCGAACUGCGCCAUGCUUGGUGGGAAGGUCACCCUUUGGCUGCCUGAUGGUACGGGGAAUGAGACCAUCUUUCCAACAGGUAGAGCGGUGAUGGAGGGGGCCGUAAUGUGGCUAACGCCCAACGAAAUUACCACGGUGGAGAAAGCAUCUUGGGAGGUGACGGUUGGCACGAACAUCCCUUUGGUUGUGGCCUGCCCCUGGACAAAUUGGUGGUUGCAAUUUGUUGGCUGGUUGACAUGGUUGUUACGUGGUGUUUCGUGGGUGAAUUUCCUUUAGACAGAAUAAAGAACAUUCCAACGG